AGCUUGGUGUCAAUUCCUCGAAGCGGUUGACAUGUAGCACCGUUGAUUAUCUACAAGUUCCGAGCCAAAAACCAACCCUAGAUAUGUGUUGUAGUUAGGAAGUACUGUUACAGAUAUCGGCAGCGUCCAAAUGCCCAACCCCGUACACUGACAACAAAAGAGUCCGGAAAUAUCCUACUAGAUCUGGAAGACACGAUGUCAGAAAUGAUAACUGAUCAACAUUCCACAAUCGAUCCUACGCUACUAGGAAUCGACUUCAGCAAUUCUCAGAUCCUCAGUGCGGAAGAACGUUCUCCGUCCACGUUGGGAGAGAGCUCUUCUUCCUCACCAUUGUCAGUGUCGGAGUCCACUCUCCAAACAUCGGAAGAACCGUGUAGUCGACCGAGGACAACGAACCAACUUAAAAAAUCUACGGACCUGUCACGCAGGAAGCCCAUUCCGCGGAAAGGUCACACCAAGUCACGGAGAGGUUGCUUUAAUUGCAAGCGUCGCAAGAUCAAAUGUCAGGAGAACUUGCCAGUCUGUCACCAUUGUUCCAAGGCCGGUCUGAUCUGUGAGUAUCCUAAAACACCUGUAUAUCUGCAACAGAUAAGCAAGAACACCGAGAAGAGCGUUGAGGAUGUGAGCGAGAAACAAGCAAGAACAGCCCUUACGUUGGCGAGAGACAGCAUCAUCGGAUCAUGCAGGCCGAUAAUCAACAUGACCGGCACACCAGGCACAUUCGACCUACAAGAUAUGCGCUUCUUCCACCACUUCUUACAGCACGGGUACCCACACCUACCUAUCGGUGCAGAUGAGGUUUGGGUGACAACAUUGCCAGCCAUCGCUCACCAGUAUGCAUAUCUCACUCACGCCAUCAUGGCCCUCUCCGCCUCUCACCUACAAGCCUUGACUCACGAGGAUCUUGCCUCUGCAGCUCUCGCUCACCGCCUUCAUGCCAUCUCCAGCCUUAACGCCUCCCUCACCACACCCGCCGCCACUCGCGCUGAGGCAGAUGCCCGUAUGGCGACGGUUAUGGCGCUCACUAUGCAAGCUGUGCACCUCGACGACAACUACGCCGAGUACCUAACGCUCUCACGUGGCUGCUUCAUCUUCGGCGCAGACGCACUUCUCGACGACGACCAUUCUGCCUUCGCAGGGUUCAGGAAUGACAGGCAAGCAAAGAUCAUGGCGGAGCGAUUCGCCGGCGCGACACGAAGUCCAUGUAAUCCAGCGUUACUCGACGAGGCAAUUGAGGCCGUGAACCGUGUAGGCGAGCUGUGUACGGAAGAGUACGAGCGGGGAUACGUGGAGCUGAUGCUUGAAACAUUACGAGCAGCGUAUAGUGAUGCUGCGAAAGCAUACACCUCUUUCACUAAGCUCUUCACCUAUCCGUCCCUCAUCCCACAGACCUCCUUCACUCACCUCCUAUCCGCGCACAACCCCACUGGCUCCCUUCUCCUCGCCACACACCUCGGCGUCCAACACACUCUCAUUCCCGUCCUGCUAUACGAAUUCCGCUCCCACGCACCGCCACGCACACACGCCCCAAGUCGAAUGAACUCCUGGAUCCGCAUCAUUGCAGACCGGCUCGGAUUCGCAUAUGAAAAGUACUGGGCGUGGAGUGUGAGGGUGGUUGAGAGACCGUGGACGUCGCUAUUUGCGAAGGGGGCGCUGGAGGACUUUGUUGCCGGUUGGAAGAGCGCGAAGUUGGUGAAGGGAGUCAGAGUGAGGGAGGAGGAUGUGAGCGUGAAGAGGGGCGCCGGAGACAUUCUUGGGGUGCUAGAUGAGGCGAGGGUGAGAGAAGGAUUUGCGGAGUUGGUGAAAUAGGGGUAGGACGUGUCUCAAUCUUUGUCGAAAACGUAUGAGGCAGUGUGUCCAACAGUCAUGGUUCCUUACAGAGGUGAAUGUAUUCACAAUUAAUGUUUCGUGCAAGAACUUUUUGGGGGGCGUGACGGGUGGAGAAUGAUGUUGCCAAUGGUGUUUCUAACAUAGCGUUAGGCAUCUCAUCACUUAUAUGAUUCAUUGGCAUGUAUGUAUGAAGACGAUGCAGAUAGCGAUGCAAGUCAGUAUUGUAACCGAGAG